AUGUGGACCAAACUGAGGAACUGCCACAGAGAUGCUUUACGAAGGCAAAAAAAAAUGUUUAAAGGUGGAGCUAGAGCUGAGACAGUUAGACAGUGGAAAUUAAAGAAACAAAUGGAGUUUUUGUUGCCAUACAUGGAGAACAGAAAGCGAAGUGGCAAUAUAGUUGACAGUGAUGAUGAACAAUCCGACAAUGCAGACACUGAAGUUAGUCAAAUUUUAGAGACACCGCAGACACCAAUCUUGGAGAAUAAUUAUGAACUGGAAGAAGAUAAUGAAGUGCGCAGCAACAAGGAACGAGAAGAUUCUUUUGAAAAAUUAAAAGAUACUCCUUCGUCAGCUGGAAGGAAAUUUACUUUCAAAGAACCACAGAAAAAAAUGAAAAAAAAAUGA